AGUUUUCUGCUGAACUCAGCGCAGCGACGUGGCUCGACGUGCCGAGGCUUGGCGAAAAGGGCUCAGGACCUUUCUGGGACUGACAGCUCUGCUGGAGCGUGCAUAUAUGAACGAGCAGGUGGAAUGUGUUCCAUUCAUCUGAGCGAGCCGCUCCUGAAGUUAAGACCAAGAAAGGAUCUUGCUGAGGCACUGUUGCAUGAAAUGAUCCAUGCCCUGCUGUUUGUUACUAAUAACGAAAUUCAUGAAUAUCAUGGACCAGAGUUCCGCAAACACAUGCGUCGCGUUACUCGCUGGACUGGAGCCAAUGUCACAAUCCAUCAUAGUUUUCGUGAUGAGGUGGAUUUGUACGGCCAGCACUGGUGGCGAUGCAAUGGCCCCUGUCAGAAUAGCAAACCUGACUUUGGAUAUAUGAAACACUCAAUGAAUAGAGCACCCUCUGCACGAGAGCAUUGGUGGGUUGAGCAUCAAGAGACAUGUGGAGGUACCUUCACAAAAGUGAAGGAGCCGGAGAACUUCUCCAGGAAACUCCGGGGAAAACCCAGCCAGCAAAACUUCCAAAUUCCAACUCAGCUAACAAAGGGAAGACACAAACGCAUGAUGUGCAAGAUCUAA